AUGAAUUUUUCGAUAGUAAUUACUGCAAUUCUAUUAAAAUUAUUGACAAUUUAUGGAUUAAGUGUAUUUCAAGAAGUGAAUAAAGUUUAUGUGCCGUUUAGUGAAAAUAUCACAACGACAGUUACUAUCAGUCAAACUGGUCAGAGUCUACCAUCUGUGGAUAAAUCAAAUUUAUGCUCACCAGAUAAUCCAGUUACGUAUACGCCUGUUGGAAUCUACUGUGGAAUACGUGAAAUUGUUCAUUGGCCAAAUGGACCAGCGUCAAUGGUUGAUAUUUAUCAUGGAAUACGUUAUGCUCAAUCGCCUACGGGACCAUUACGUUUCAAAAAGCCUGUUGAACCGAUUCCUGAACCGAAGAAAGUUUUCAUGGCUGACAAAUUACCACCUACAUGUCCACAACCACUGGAUACAAUGUUUCAGAAUUCAGCAGCUGCUCGAAUGUGGGUACCAAACACACCAAUGUCAGAAGAUUGUCUUUUCUUAAAUAUUUGGGUGCCUUCACGUCAAUCAAACGACAAUCAUUUAAAUUCGAAAGAAAAACUUGCAGUUAUGUUAUGGAUUUACGGGGGAAGUUUUUAUAUGGGCACAUCAACACUUAGUGUAUACGAUGCAAGAUUUCUAGCAGUUCGACAGAAUGUUAUCGUUGCAUCAAUGAAUUAUCGUCUGGGCUCAUUUGGUUUUCUUUAUAUGAAUACAGAAGAGGCACCAGGUAAUAUGGGUCUAUGGGAUCAGCGUUUAGCAAUGAAAUGGGUCAAAGAUAAUAUUGAAUAUUUCGGUGGUGAUCCAUAUCGUAUUACACUAUUCGGUGAAUCAGCUGGUGCUGUCAGUGUUAGUACACAUGUUGUCAGUCCAUGGUCACAUUCAUAUUUUACGAAUGCAAUUAUGCAAUCUGGUUCAAUCUUUAGUAAUUGGGGUUUAGCAACUAAAGAAAUAUCAUUUAAUCAAACACAAAAACUGGCGAAAAUUCUUGCCUGUGGUGAUAGAUCACUGAAUGAUCAAGUCAACUGUCUACGUACAAAAUCAAUUAAAGAAAUUUUAGACGCUCAUGAUACAAUGUACAAUCCUGGCAGUUAUUUCUCUGUACCAUUCCCUCCUGUAUUGGAUAAUGAUUUUUUCCCAUAUGAAAAUAGUCAAUCAUUUCGUCAGUUGCGUCAUCUUAAACCAUCUGGUGCAUUGAUGUUCGGUAUAAAUAAAAAUGAAGGCAGUUACUUUUUAUUGUAUGCAUUUGUUAGUAAUGCAAAAUGGAUGAAUAAUAUCACUCAUUUACCAAUAACAAAUCGUAUGGAUUAUAUUAGAUGUCUGCGACAAGUGUUGGAUUUAGAUGAAGAUGAUAGACCGGAAUUCACUGAACCACUGGUUCGGUAUACAGAUUUCGAAUAUCAAACUUAUGAACAUUUACCCACCUUAGAAAGUUGGACAGAAAGGUUGGAAGAAAUCAGCAGUGAUAGAAGUUUCAAGUGUCCAACUAUCAAUAUGGCAAGUGCAGUUACCAAUGAACAUCGUACGCCUGGUCGACGUCGCUCGAGUACUUUACCAGUGUAUUUCUAUGAAUUUCAGCAUAGAACAGCUUCACUGCCAAUGCCUAAAUGGACUGGUACUAUGCAUGGUUAUGAAAUUGAAUAUAUAUUUGGUAUACCAUUUAGUCCACAAUUUCAAGCAACGUUUUAUCGAUUCACUGAUGAAGAACGACAACUUAGCGAUAUAAUGAUGACUUAUUGGGCUAAUUUUGCACGUACAGGAGAUCCUAAUAUCCUUCCAGAUGGACGGCAUGUUACUGAUCAAGCAGAUUCAGAGGAUACAGAAGAACUUGUUGAAGACGACUUUGAAAAUCCGGCGAACUACAGACAGAAACGCAGAAAUCCAUUUAUCGGAUGGCCUGAAUUUCUAAACAGUACCAAGGCUUAUAUUGUUUUUCGUUCAGCACCAGGAAAUUUGCAUGUCAACACACGACCACGUCAUCGUCAAUGCUUAUUUUGGCGUCGAUGGUAUCCAGCAUUAUUGCAACAAGUUGAACGGAAUCGUCAGCAGUGUUUGGGUAGAAAUUGA